AUGGCUCUCUGGCGCAAAGGAUACCGUAACAGGCAAGGAGUACGGCGGGCGGAGUGGGAAAAACCGGAAACGUCUCGAAAGGUAGCUAAGCUACACGUUUUGUGCAGCAUGUUUUAUGUGUCCAAGAUGCUCCGACCACCUCACUCAUCUGAUAACGUCCUGGUCCUUCGUUUCCCCCUCCUCACUCAUCCGGGACGGACAUGGGUCGUGAAGGUUCACUCUGCAACGGAAGGCCGGCACAACUACAAUUUUUUGACUUGCCUGACGUCAUCCCAUGCCAUGCCGACGACACAGGCAGCCAGAUUUCUGCAUAACCGAGUAUAUGCACUUGUCGAACCAUCCCCGAGGACACCUUGA